AUGUCGUCCUCCAAGCUAUUCAAGCCCUAUAAUAUUGGCCCUCUCACGAUCGGACACAGAGUCGUCAUGGCGCCUCUGACCCGCUUCAGAGCCAACAAGGAUCACACGCACACUGACAUGGCCAUCGAGUACUACUCUCAACGUGCGAGCGUGCCUGGCACGCUGCUCUUUAGUGAAGCCACGCUCGUCUCUGCGCAAGCGGGCGGCUGCGACAACGCGCCAGGCAUCUGGUCUGACGCUCAGGUUGACUCAUGGAAACGCGUGACCGAAGCAGUGCAUGCAAAGGGAAGCUUCAUUGGCAUCCAGCUCUGGGCGAACGGGCGUCAAGCCAGUCCUGAGGUCCUGGCAAGAGAUGGAUUGCCCUACGUUUCUGCAUCCGACGUACCUAUGGCCGGCAAGAGCGCGAAGCCCACGCCACUGACGCAUGAUCAGAUCAAGAGCUACAUCGCUGACUUUGCACUGGCCGCUCGCAACGCACGCAGGGCCGGAUUCGAUCUCGUUGAGCUCCAUGCCGCCAAUGGCUACUUGCUCAAUCAAUUCAUCGACACGAACAGCAACACUCGCACGGACGAGUAUGGUGGCUCGACAGAAAAGCGUCUGCGGUUUGUCAAAGAGGUCAUCGAUGCCGUCGUUGCAGAGACUGGUCAAGAUCGCGCGGGCAUUCGCCUGUCGCCCUUCUCUAGCUUUGGCGAUAUGAGAGACCAGGGCACGCAGGCCGACUACACCGCGCUUAUCGAGUGGUUGCGCGAUACUUAUCCAUCGUUUGCAUUCAUCCAUGUCAUCGAAGCUCGCGUAGCAGGCUCGGUCGAUGCCAGCAGUAAGGAGACGACCGACUUUGCACUCGACGCCUGGCGCAGAGAUGACAAGACACGGGCCUAUCUCGCUGCUGGCGGCUUCAACGGAGAAGAUGGCCAGAUCUUCGCCAAUACUAAGGAUGUUGCGAUUGUGUACGGUCGUCACUAUAUCUCGAACCCUGAUCUGCCACUCAGGAUUGCCUACAAUCACGAAAUGCACCCAUACGAUCGAUCGACAUUCUACUCUCCUGGAUCUUCUGCUGGGUACAUCGACCAACCCUUUGCAACAGAUCUGAUAGGCAAGCAAUUGCCUGUUUCAGCCAAUUAG